GACCGGAUCACAGCGCAGCCGCAGUCCGGCCCACCCUCUAUGGUUGAGGUUUGAGGUGGACAGAGUGAGGGGGAGAUGGAGACACAGACAGAUUAGGAAGUGUAAAGAACUGCUGCAUUUACGGUCCUGGCACGAAACUGUCAGAAUGAUAAAGACAACAUCCUUCAACUGCACACUGACUACAGAUCCAAAACUUGCAACAUGCUCCAUUUCCAUUAAUGUCAGAAGUCUCCUUGAAAUUCACAACGUUAAAUUAUGCUAUAAGUAGAAAGCUUAUGUUCCUCUUUGAGCGGCCCAGAAUAGAUUGACUAGGUUUAGUCAAAUUCUACAAGCUGAAUUUGAAAAUCAGAAGUGAUGCAUUUCUUUUUGAGGAAUUUCAACACACCGGCACUCCAGUUAUCCUGCAGAAUGGUUUCAAAUUAUGUCAAUCGGAUGCGUCACCUCUCUGAGCUGAAAGAGGAUGAUGAAGCCUGCCGCAAGGCUCUCAGCUCCGGAACCUUCCUGCUCUUUCAUGAUCUCUUGCCACUUGUGCAGAAGAUUGAGAACAAGUACACGACACCAUUCGUGACAGCAACAGAGCUUAAGAAGCUGGACCUGGCAGAAAGGUGGACGGAGGAAUCAGUGCUAAUUGGCUGCACAGAGAGUCUUGUGCCACAGUUUGCACUUGAUAUAGGAAAAUCUGAACAGGCCCGGGCAGAAUUACUUCUGAAGGGAAAGUUUCUUGCAUUUCGGAAAGCUUGUACCAUCAUAGACAGAAAUGAUAUAUCCCUUAUAUCUCAGGCACAGGCUCUUCUCCGCUGGCACAGCACACACCUCUACUGCAGCAGAACUGGAAAACCGACACAGAAAAAUGCAUCCGGCAGCAAACGAAUCUGUGGCAAUGAUGAAAUAAUCUAUUACCCACAGAUGUCUCCUGUGGUUAUCAUGUUGGUAUCUGAUGGAGCACGUUGCCUGCUGGCACGUCAGAAACAAUUUCCUCCCGGAAUGUACAGUGCACUGGCUGGAUUCUGCAACAUUGGAGAGUCUGUGGAAGACUCCGUACGGCGGGAGGUUGCGGAGGAGGUUGGUUUGCAGGUGACAUCGCUGGUCUAUUCAGCAUCUCAACACUGGCCCUUUCCCAACAGCUCCCUAAUGAUUGGAUACCAUGCAAUGGUGCAGCCAAAGCAGAACAAGAUUCAGUUCGACCGCUCUGAGCUUCAGGAUGCCCGCUGGUUUGAUGCUACCGAAGUGGCAGAAGCUUUGAAGCGCAAGAUGCCUCGCAAGGAAGAAAUGGUUUCUUUCUGGAUCCCACCACCCUGGGCUUUAGCACAUCAUCUAAUCAAAGAAUGGACUCAAAAGCAAUAGCUGUCUUGAAAUCCUGCAGUGACUCAUUUGGUGGGAUUGGAUAGUGGGUGGAUGUUAUUUCUUUGCAUCACUUUGGUAUUUUAUGUGGGCUAGCCACAAAGAAAAAAUAGAAUGCGUCAGGAUAUUUUCCACAUUGAAGACCUUCAUAAUGGUAGAUAUCAUUUUUUUUGUGUCUCCUUCAUAGCACUGGAGAAGGGAAGAAGACAAGUCAUUGUGCAUUUCUAAUAGUAAAUAAUAAUACUGUGGUAUUUAACUUGUUUCUGCUUUAAACGUUUGAUCCACAAAGUCAACCAACCAAUUUGAAUACAUUCAAACCCGAUUUUCAGUAUUAAAAAAAACUUUCCAAACC